GAACGAAAUCAGUCAUAAUUUAUCGUCCGGUCAACUUAGUUCGAAGAAUGGAAUCGAUAGUGAACUACCCAGACUAUACGAAAGAUAUGAACGCGGUUCUCAAUCAUAUUGAUUGUAAGUGGCUUAAUGGAACCCCACCAGACUACAGUCUAUCGAACAAACUAUAUUUUGCAGAACGUUCGAAGGAGCAUGUGAAGGGAACGCUACCAGACGUAGUCAACAAUUUAAUUAAAAAUUGGGAACGAGAAUUAUCGUACAAAACAGACCCAUCCGAAUGGGUGACCAUAGUUCCAACAUUUCGAAUGAAUGUCAAUGGCGGCAACUGGCUAACCAUAUCGGAUGUGGGUAAAAUUGGCGCCUAUAAUGCAUUCAUUGGCGACACGGAAUUAUAUUGCUGUAGUCGUGUGCCCGAUCCACAUGAGUCACACAAAAUAUUCCGCACUGCAUUAGGCAGCGGUUUCGGAUGGGAAUGCAUUGAAACAUUCUCCGAUGCACCGACGAUAGUUUUCAAAUGGAGACACUGGGGACAUGUGACCGGAGAGUAUAAAUGUCCGAUGAGAAAUGGUCGGGUGAUCACUGCGUCACCGGUGGGGAAUAAAGUCGAAAUAUUCGGAUUGUCGAAAAUGGUGGUGAAUGAGAAAUUUCAAAUUAUGGAAAUUGAGCAUUAUUUCCGACCGGAUCAGGUCAUGGAGCAGAUGAUCAAAGGGCAUGAUGUACUAAAAAUUUAAUAUUUUUUUUCAACUGAGGCACAGCUUCAACAAUAAAAAUCGACAAAAUUGUAACAA